GCAGCGGGCCGGCUCCCGGCGCACUCGAGGCCGGUGCGCGCUACCCCGCGGGUCCCGUGCGCGCGCCUGACCUCCCUUGCCCAGUCGGUGCGCGGCAUCGCCCGGCCCCGAUGGCCCCCGAGACCCCGGCCCAGGGGCCUACCCCGCGCUACUUCACCUGGGACGAGGUGGCGCAGCGCUCGGGACGCGACAAAGAGCGGUGGCUCGUGAUUGACCGAAAGGUGUACAACAUCAGCGAGUUCACCCGCCAGCACCCCGGGGGCUCCCGGGUCAUCAGCCACUACGCGGGGCAGGACGCUACGGAUCCCUUUGUGGCGUUCCACAUCAACAAAGGCCUUGUGAGGAAGUAUAUGAACUCUCUCCUGAUUGGAGAACUGUCUCCAGAGCAGCCCAGCUUUGAGCCCACUAAGAAUAAAGAGCUGACUGAGGAGUUCCGGGAGCUGCAGGCCACGGUGGAGCGGGUGGGGCUCAUGAAGGCGAACCCCGUCUUCUUCCUGCUGUACCUGCUGCACAUCCUGCUGCUGGAUGUCAUUGCCUGGCUCACUCUUUGGCUCUUUGGGACCUCCUUCCUGCCUUUCCUCCUCUGUGCAGUGCUGCUCAGCACAGUUCAGGCCCAGGCUGGCUGGCUGCAGCAUGACUUUGGACACCUGUCCGUCUUCGGCACCUCUACAUGGAACCACCUGCUACAUCAUUUCGUGAUUGGCCACCUGAAGGGGGCCCCUGCCAGUUGGUGGAACCACCUGCACUUCCAGCACCACGCCAAGCCCAACUGCUUCCGCAAAGACCCGGACAUCAACAUGCACCCCUUCUUCUUUGCCUUGGGGAAGAUCCUCUCUGUGGAGCUUGGGAAACAGAAGAAAAAGUACAUGCCAUACAACCACCAGCACAGAUACUUCUUCCUCAUUGGGCCCCCAGCCUUGCUGCCUCUCUACUUCCAGUGGUAUAUUUUCUAUUUUGUUAUCCAGAGGAAGAAGUGGGUGGACUUGGCCUGGAUGAUCAGCUUCUAUGUCCGCAUCUUCCUCACUUAUGUGCCGCUGCUGGGACUGAAAGGCUUCCUGGGCCUUUUCUUCAUGGUCAGGUUCCUGGAAAGCAACUGGUUUGUGUGGGUGACACAGAUGAACCACAUCCCCAUGCACAUUGAUUACGACAGGAACGUGGACUGGGUCUCCACCCAGCUCCAGGCAACAUGCAACGUCCAUAAGUCGGCCUUCAAUGACUGGUUCAGUGGCCACCUCAACUUCCAGAUUGAGCACCAUCUUUUCCCCACGAUGCCUCGACACAAUUACCACAAAGUGGCUCCCCUGGUGCGGUCCCUGUGUGCCAAGCAUGGUAUAGAGUACCAGUCCAAGCCCCUGUUCUCAGCCUUUGCCGAUAUUGUCCACUCACUGAGAGAGUCCGGGCAGCUCUGGCUAGAUGCCUAUCUCCACCAAUAAGAGCAGCCUCCCAUCUGGAAGAAGAGCCUUGGAGCCAAAGCAGAGGGGGGCUUGGGGACAAUGCCACUACAAUCCUAAUAUUCAGAAGGGGUGGGUUGGAGGAGAUAAAGGCUCUGACUCAAACCCCUCCCCUUUAUCUUCUAGGCACAGAUCUAAGACCCAAAGAGGGGUGUGCAAGCCCCCUGGAAGGAGGGGUGGAGCUGUUGGGACAGGGAUGUGAAAGUUUUGUUUCCUUUUUGGUUUAGCAGAUGCAAGUGGUUGGUGGGCAAAGAGGGAGUCAGGAGGGUGUUAGAAUAGGGAGGGUCUACUGAGCCCAGAAAUCAGGAAGAGAUUUAGCACUAAAAUUCCACCCGGGGGACUUCCCUGGUGGUCCAGUGGUUAAAACUCAGUGCUUCCAAUGCAGGGGUGCGCGGGUUCAGUCCCUGGUUGGGGAACGAAAACCCCACAUGCUGCGCGGUGUGGCCAAAAAAAAGAAAAAAUUCCAUCCAGGAAAGGCAGGAGCUCAUCCCACUGGCCCACUUCUCAGUGCCUUCUCCACUCUUGCUUGCAAACCUCAGAGGUUCGCAGGCUGGAGGAGGACAGAGCAGCUGAACCUUCUGGGCAAGAUUUAGAAAGGAAGAAUUAGCGCCUGAGGCCUGGCAGCUUGGCUCACUGUAGGGUUAGGUGUGACCCAUGUCUGCCUCAGGCUCCUGGGAAGCAAUUUUUCCACUUUUAGAAGCAGGGAGGGCAAAGGCCAGGGCUGUGGUGUUGGAGGCAUCUGGCCCUGAAGGGUGCUGGCACUACAGGGUUUGGUCCCACAUUCCAUCCAGGGUACCAAAGGAGCAUAAGUUCCCGGGGCUUGCCAAGACAGCCAGCAGAGAGUCGCUGGCCAUUAAAAAUCCUUUCAGCUUUUGAUUCACCUCUUUUGACCACCACCCAAGGGAGAGAACACUCCUAGGAUGGGGAGUCUACUUCUUGCUCCACAAGCAGGUGGGCAGACGGGGCGCUUGGUCUUCUCCUCCACAGAAACGAACGGGGGCUCCCAGUGGUUUCCCUUUGCUCCCCGACCUGUAAUUCCAAAUUUAAUAAAGUAGCAGUUAGUGAGCACAAGCGACCAAGCUGGGAGAGGGUGAAUUACCAGUCAUGGUGAAAACACAGGGUUCCGUCAUAAAGAAUAGAAGGGCCGUAAGAGAUUUUCCAUAACCUAAACUAUGUUACAGCAUUACUUCUGAGCAGGAGCAAUGGGUUAAGUGUAAUGACUUCAUAGUUCUCACCAGAAGUAGGAAGGGAAAAACACAGGCGUUUGUGGUCAUCAUGGCUGCCCUUCAGCAUCCUUACUCUGGCAACUCUGUUCAAGUACCUUUCUCUGCUGGAGACCAGGUAGGAAUUUAGGAGAAUAUCUUAAAGGUAUAUCAGUCUAAUACUGAAAUACAAUUUUUUUAAUCUCCUGGGUUUUU